UCCUGCCUUUUUAGACAAUUGAAUGCUUAUAGCCAACCCCUGGCACCAGCGGGCCAGGCAGCUGCAGCACAUUCCAAAUAUUGCUCUAUUUAAAGCAUCCCAGGGCUCUCAGAGCAGCUGCAGAGGCAAACCUUAACUGCCAUUAAACCAGCAGAGGGGAAUGGCAGAACCAGCCCAGGCCCCGCUGUCCCGCCUGCUUGUGCCCGUGCUGCUGGCGCUGGGCUGGAUCCUGGGCUGUGCCCUCAUGGUGUACAUUGUCUUCUCCUGACCUUGGAGGGAUGGCAGUGCCACACAGAGCCCUGUGGUGAGAAGAACCUACAAUGAAGUUGAUCAAAAGAACUCAGAAGUUCAGUUUAGAUUUCUAAUUACUAAAAUACGUAUAAAAUGAGUUAUUUUUAAUAUCAGCCAUGUUAAUGCUGUGCACACUUUUUAUCCGUUAGGAAGCAUCACCAAACCUAUUUCCCUGUUCUCAGAUUAUUUGCAAUUUAGGGAGUGGUUUUUGGAAUCUCGUGGUAGGUCAGAUCCUGCCUGCUUGCUGAACAGCAAACUUUUAAAACAGCUACCCACCAGCUAAGGAGCUUCAAGCUUGGUAGAAACAGGCAAGGGUUAAUUUCUCAUGGGGCCUGGGCAAGUAUUUUUAGCGUUAUUAUGGGGAAAAUCUCUUGGACUCCAUUGUUAUGAAACAGAACAUUGCAUGUCCUUGGAAAAGAGAAGCCCAGGCCGAGUCAGGGCUGGGAGGGCUGUACAGCUCAGUGUGUCUG